AAAACAAUUUUUUUUUCUAAAUUUUACUAAUAAUACAUAUGAAAUUCUUUCUUCUAUCAACCUAUGGCAUUGAUUAGAUGACUUAUGACCCAUGCUACAAUAAAUGAAAGUUGGAAUCAAAUUUAAAAUAUAGUAGACGAAAUGAUAUUAUGAAAGAGGUUGAUUUGGUUAGGCAGAGGUGUGUGUUUAUUUCUGCAUAUUUUGGUUUGUUGGGUGCAAAGAUUUAGCCAUAGAAAGCAGUGAAAUCGAGAAAACAAAAACGAAGCAAGUAUCGAGAAAGUUAGAGGUCGAGACCCAAUGCGAGUGCAAACCCCCAGAAGACUGUAAGAUCAUCUUGAUUUUGAGGCCAACCGCAAUGCCGAGGCAUUUCUUGAACGCCGCCCCCAAUUUCUACCACCUCCGCCGCCGCCACCACCACUAUUUCUUCUAUUUCCUCUUCAUUCUCUCUCACACAGCUCCUUCUCCCCUCUCCGCCGCCAACUCCGAGGUCGCCCUACUCUUCUCAUGGCUCAACUCUUCUUCUUCUCCGGCACCGGCAUUCUCAAACUGGAAUCCUCAAGAUUCCGACCCCUGCAAAUGGUCAUUCAUUUCAUGCUCGUCCAGUAAUUUUGUGACAAAGAUUAAUAUCCAGUCUCUCCACCUCGCAUUACCUUUCCCCUCCAAUCUCUCGUCUCUCAUUUUUCUCGAAACCCUCACCAUCUCCGGCGCCAAUCUCACCGGAGAAAUCCCGCCCGACAUCGGCGACUGCGCCUCGCUCAGAGCAAUCGAUGUUAGUUCCAACAGCCUCGUCGGAAGCAUUCCGGAAACAAUCGGCAAGCUCAAAAACUUGGAGGAAUUGAUUCUCAACUCCAACCAGCUCACCGGGAAGAUUCCGGCCGAGAUUGGGAACUGCAUUAGUUUGAAAAGUCUCGUUUUGUUCGAUAACAGGCUGAGCGGGAGCAUCCCGCCCGAGCUCGGGAAGCUCUCCGCUUUAGAAAUCCUUCGCGCCGGCGGCAAUCAGGAUAUAGAGGGAAGAUUUCCCGAUGAAAUUUCUAAUUGUGAGAAUUUGCAGGUUUUAGGCCUCGCAGAAACGAAGAUUUCCGGUAAAAUUCCGGCUUCUUUCGGCAAGUUGGGCAAGCUUCAGGUUUUGUCGCUUUACACGACUAUGCUCUCCGGCGAGAUUCCGACGGAGAUAGGGAACUGCUCGGAGCUGGUGGGAUUGUAUUUGUACGAGAACAGCCUUUCCGGCGCGCUGCCGCGUGAGCUUGGGAAGCUUCUGAAACUCGAGAAAUUGCUGCUAUGGCAGAACAAUUUGGUGGGCUCCAUUCCUCAAGAGCUCGGAAACUGUAGAAACUUAGUUGUCAUUGAUGUUUCAUUGAACUCUUUGACAGGAGUUAUUCCUGAAUCGUUAGGAAAUCUCACUAAUCUUGAAGAACUGAUGCUCAGCAGCAACAAUGUCUCCGGCUCAAUCCCUGCCGUCCUUUCCAACGCCUCCAGUCUGAUACAGUUUCAGGUCGACAGCAACCAGAUCUCCGGCUCCAUUCCGCCGGAAAUCGGGUCGCUGAGGCAGCUGCAGGUCUUCUUCGCGUGGGAUAACAAGCUCGAGGGCAGCAUUCCGGCCGCAUUGGGCGGCUGCGGCAGCCUUCAGGCCUUGGAUUUGUCGCGGAAUUCUCUCACCGGAAUCAUACCCCCGAGCAUUUUCCAGCUCAGGAAUCUGACCAAGCUCCUGUUGAUUUACAACGAUUUAUCCGGUGCUAUUCCGCCGGAGAUAGGCGACUGCAGGUCUCUUAUCCGGUUGAGAUUGGCAGGGAACAAGAUCAACGGGCGGAUUCCAAUCGAAGUCGGGUUGCUACGCAAUCUGGCGUUUCUUGAUAUCUCCAGCAACCAUCUCAGUGGUCCAGUGCCUGAUGAGAUUGGCAACUGUGGCCAGCUGCAGAUGCUCAACCUGGCCGGGAACUCCCUCACCGGAAACAUGCCUAGUUCGAUUUCGUAUCUCAGUAAGUUGGAGGAAUUGGAUGUCUCGGUGAAUCAGUUUGUUGGUUCAAUUCCUAGCAGUUUUGGUGAACUUUUCUCUCUGAGUAGGCUUUUGCUUGGCAGCAAUCUAUUCUCAGGGAAAAUCCCGGCAACUCUUGGGCGGUGCUCGCGGCUUCAGUUGCUGGACUUGAGCCAGAAUCAGCUGUUUGGGAGCAUUCCGGUGCAGAUAUUUCAGAUUGAGGCUCUUGAAAUCGCUCUGAAUUUGAGCUGGAACGCGUUAACAGGGAAAGUUCCUCCUGAGAUUGUAGCUCUGAGCAAGCUCUCUGUAUUGGACCUCUCGCACAACCACCUCGAGGGAGAACUCACGUCUCUCUCGGGGCUUGAGAACCUCGUUUCGUUGAACGUGUCGUACAACAAUUUCAGUGGGUACCUGCCUGAUAACAAGCUUUUCAGGCAGUUAUCCAACACGGAGUUGGCAGGAAACCAGGGGUUGUGUGGUCGGGGGCACAGCUCGUGCUUCCUGAGCGAUGCACGGGGUGCAAAAAUGCCUCGGUGGAGGCUGAAACUGGCGAUCGCGCUGCUCACCGCGGUGGCUCUAGGGUUGGGCGUGGUUGGCGUGAUGGCAGUUAUGAGGGUUAGGAGAAUGAACAAAGAAGACAGAGAUGCUGAAUCGGGUACUUGGAAGUUCACUCCAUUUCAGAAGCUGAAUUUCUCAAUCGAACAAGUGGUCAAGUGUCUGGUGGAAUCGAACGCGGUGGGCAAGGGAUGCUCGGGGAUCGUGUACAGGGCGGAGCUGGGCAACGGAGAAGUGAUCGCCGUGAAGAAGCUGUGGCCGAGCACGGUGCAGCAGCAGCAGCGCGACUCAUUCUCGGCGGAGGUGAACACGCUGGGGUCGAUACGCCACAAGAACAUCGUCAAGUUCUUGGGGUGCUGCUGGAACGAGAGCACACGGCUGCUCAUGUACGACUACAUGCCUAAUGGGAGCCUGGGAGGUUUCCUUCACGAGAGGAGGAAUGGAGGGUGCUUGGAGUGGGACGUGAGAUACAGAGUCAUGGUUGGCGCUGCUCAGGGCUUGGCUUAUCUGCACCACGACUGCACCCCGCCCAUUGUUCAUCGCGACAUCAAGCCCAACAACAUCUUGAUCGGCCUCGAUUUCCAGCCCUACAUUGCUGAUUUCGGACUCGCCAAACUUGUUCACGAUGGAGAUUUCACGCGCUCUUCCAACACGCUUGCUCUUGCUGGCUCCUAUGGCUACAUAGCUCCUGAGUAUGGAUACUCGAUGAAGAUCACAGAGAAGAGCGACGUGUACAGUUUUGGAGUAGUGAUGCUGGAAGUAUUAACGGGCAAACAGCCGAUAGACCCUACCAUACCCGAAGGGGUUCACAUUGUAGAUUGGGUGCGGCGCAGAAGAGUGGAGGGAGGCGACGUCUUAGACCCCGGCUUACGCCACACCACGGAGCUGGAGAUUCAGGAAAUGAUGCAGACAGUAGGAGUUGCUAUGCUCUGUGUGCAUCCAUCACCGGAAGACCGGCCCACCAUGAGAGACGUGGCUGCCAUGCUCAAGGAGAUAAGGCAGGAGAGACAAGACAAAGGCUCACAGAUGCAGGAGAAAGGGAGCUGCAAUGGAGAGCCAUCAUCAGCAAUGCAGGGCUUGUGUUUCAACACUGCUAACUCAAGCUUUUCUGCGUCUUCGUUGAUGCAAUCCACUUCCUCUAUUGCCAAAUUUGGCCUCACUAAGGAAUAGAGUUUGUUACUUUACGACUUUGGAAUUAUUCUUUGUGUAAAAGGCCUCCUUCGUGGAAUAAAACUUACUGUAUUAAAUGUAAAGCCACAUGAAGAGAAAAAGACCACAUCUUGAAAUUAUAUUUGAAGGAAUCCAUGUUAAAUGUGCUAAAA